CGAUCUGUAUGUGGUCUAGGUGGAGGCAGUAGUGGACCACCGCGUGCGGGGGCGCUUCACGGAGUAUAAGGUGAGGUGGAAAGGCUUUGGCCCCAAGGAUGACUCCUGGGUCCCUGAGGCUGAGCUUAACUGUGACACCCUCCUCAACAAGUACUUCAAGACCGCUGGAGCCAAGCAGGAAGAGGUGUAUGAGGUGGAAGCCAUCAUGGGCUUGAGGGAAGUGAAGGGGCGCACCGAAUACAAAGUGCGAUGGAAGGGCUGGAGUGCAAAGUAUGAUUCGUGGCUGUCUGAGGAGGAGCUGAAUUGCCCCGACCUCCUGAAGCGUUUCCUGUCAACCCUAGAGAAGUUGGAGAAGCAGGAAGAUUGGCAGGUGGAGAAGAUCCUGGAUUCCAAAGAGAAGAAAGGCAAGAUUGAGUAUUUGAUCCAGUGGAAGGGCUGGGGGCCCAAGUACAACACGUGGGAACCUGAGGAAAAUCUCUCUGGCUGUCAGCAGAUCUUGGAGCGUUUCAAGGAGUCUCAGCAGAAGGAAAAGGACAAGAUGCUGAAGGAGGGGCGGAGAAUGCGAGAGGAGAGGCCAACAACCCAGAGGUUUGUCGACAACUUCUCAGAAGGAACUCGUUCCCGGUCACGAAGAGCCGGCAAAAACCGUUCAUAUUCAGAGUUUUAUAACCAGUGAAUUUGUGACAGGUAGAGAAAGAGAAUGAAAAGAAGAAAGAACUCUUCUUGACCCUUUAGAAAAAAAGGAUAAUUUUUUAAGGAGCAUUAAACUUUAUAGGAAGAAAAGAAAGUUGAAUAGCUAUAUGUUGAGAAUUCAUUAGCAGUGCAGUGCAUUUUAGGGUGUUGUGUAUCCAUUGGCAUUGCAGUGGUAGUGAAUACUCAUUUUACUUUCAUAGGAGAAAAAAAGAAUUGUGAGAAUAAUCACAUGCAGAGUAGAAAAAUGUUUUAGUUAUCAUGUCCUAUUUUUGUAGAGCAGAAAAUCCUGUAUUAGCAGAAAAUUGUUAUGUAAUACAUAUCCACUCAUUUGUAAAGUUGUAGAUUUUUGUUAUCUAGAUGGAAGUCUUGUCUUGUUGCAUUUUUUUAUUUUUUUAUUAUUAUUUUUUGUUUGUUUGUUUUUGCUUGUUUUAGAAAUUUAUGAACCUAACUUCUCAUUGUUUUUAGUUACUCAAAAGCCAUGGGUGAAAAAAUAGGGUAUAUGUAUGUGUUAAUUAUGUGAAACUUGAAAUAUUGCCAGAUAGAAUUCAAUGAUCAUGAAAUAUCUGUGUUACAGAAGUUUUGCAAUUUUUUUCACCUGUGCUCAAAGGCAGAUUUUUGCAUUUUAACUGUUAGAAUAUCAUAUUAUAGUAAAAGAUUUUUUUAUAUUUUAAAUUUGUAAUAUUUGCAAAUGUUUUAUAUUUUGAUACAUUAUUUUAAAAACAUUAUUUCCAGAUUAUAUGAACUCUACAUUAUUUACAUAUGUAUAUGUAAUUCAGUGGUGUAACAAGGGGGUGUAAGUGGCUUGUUUAGCCAGUUGAGGCAAAUAAUUUGGAACCGGAGAUGUCCGAAGAUGUUUUCAGAAUAGUUUCAGAUGUUAACUUGAGGCAAUCUCUCUUUCCUUAAUAAUUGAAAAUUGAAAAAAAAAAAAAAAAAAAAAAAAAACUAACGAAGUUAUGUAACAUCACUUCUAGAAAUUACUUUACUGCCACCACUGCUUAUAUAUAUAUAUAUAUAUAUAUAUAUAUAUAUAUAUAUAUAUAUAUAUAUAUAUAUAUAUAUAUAUAUAUAUAUAUA